GAGCUCACGCGAGGUACCCACCUCCGUACGGAUCUCGCGAGAGCGAUAGAGGGCGGAAGCGCAGUCCGUGCAGGAUGCGGUUCCUGGUUGCGUUGGUACUUCUGAGCGCCGCAACGGCGGGACCCUCGGAGCCACAAGCCGCCGAAAAUCCGGCCCCCAGUCCCAAGAAAAAUGACACUUCUAUAGCAGAACAGUCGUUUAAGGAGGAUCGUUCCAGCAGACCCACUGUGGGUUCGACAACCAGAAAAGACACCCCUGGCAGUCCGGGUACGGAACAGACGAACCUGAAAGUCGACCCUAGUAGUCCAGGUCCGCAACACACGACUCGGAAAGUCGACCCUGGCAGUCCAAGUCCGCAACACACGACCCCGAAAGUCGACCCUGGUAGUCCAGGCCCGCAACUCACGACCCCGAAAGUCAACCCUGGCAAUCCAGGUCCGCAACACACGACGCCGAAAGAACACUCUGAUAACAAGCAGCCCUCCAAGCCUGGCCCGGACGCAGUAACUGACAAAAAAGACAGUCUGCAUGCUUCUAGGACAGAAUCUGGGGAGAAAGUGUCAACAAACUCUGACCCUGCUUCUCCCCAGCAGGAAGGAGAUCAGUCUUCAGAGCCUGCUGAAGAUGUGGAGCCCAAAGAGGCUGAAGAAGAUGAUGGAGAGCCUAAAGAGGAGUCACCACCCAAAGAAGGGAUGUCAGGCCAGGCCCCCAGUGAGAACCGUGAAGGCCCGCCUUCGGGUUCUAUGAGUAGUGAGGAUAACCUUUUUAAGGAUAGUCCUGGAAGUGCUAGUGCGGAGAGCAGCCACUUCUUUGCGUAUCUGGUGACUGCAGCCAUUCUUGUUGCGGUCCUCUAUAUUGCCUAUCACAACAAACGCAAGAUUAUUGCUUUUGUCCUGGAAGGAAAAAGAUCCAAAGUCAUUCGGCGGCCGAAGGCCAGUGACUACCAGCGUUUGGACCAGAAGAUUUGAUUUUUUUUCCUUGAGAACCUUGUCCUCCCUGCUGAUUUGUUUGUAAAAUCAAGAGAAAUGAAGAGAAAAGUACUGUGACCUAAGAGACACCUCCUCCUUUGGGAUGUGGUGGCAAGUCAGGGCUGGCGGAGGUGGGGGAAUUGCUUGGGUUUUUUGCACCUGCACUUUGGUGACGUUGUACUCUGUGUUCUCCGUAUUUAUCCUUCACCCCUCUGAGGGAGCAGAUGGCAGCUCAGCUAUGACCAAAGGGAGACCCCAGCCCCAGGCAGGCGAUUGCUGCUGCCCACCUGCUCUUGGGCCCUUGGCCCUGUAGUAGAGGUUCCCCUUGACAAUGGCAUUGCACUCGCUGCUAUUUCUCUUUGCAGACCUAGGAGCAACCUCUGCAGGUUCAGAUACUUUUUGAUGAAGGACUCUUAUUUUGGGGGGAUGUGACCUUCAAAAGACAUAGUAGAUGAUGAAUACUGAUGGGCAACGGGCUUUUUUGAACUCGUAAUUCUCUUCAAAGGCUUUAGUAGCUAGCCGAAACAGUGAGUUGAAAAAGUGCUUUACUGUCUGCAGAUCCAACCUGUGUAGUGUAAGUUCUUCAUAUUUUUUCUGGUAUUUUUAUAUGAUGUAGGACAAAAUGAAUCAACUUCCAUUUCAUUGCAGCAAGCAUGAAGCUAACUUAGGGUUUCUGGGCAUAAAGCCGUAAAACCCCUGUUCCCGUUGCAGAUUUUUUAAAUGUGGUUGUGAUUAUUGAUACAUCACCGUCUUUUUGCAUACUCACAAUCUUAAUAGGAGCUUCUUAAAGUAGGACAGGUUCAUGCUUUAUGCCAGAAAACAAUAUAGGAGGGUUUUGGUUUAUGUCUGCAUUUUUUUUAAGGGCUUUUAUGAAACAGGUUUCCCACAAACAAACUCCAUUUGCCUUUAUCAUCUAAAAUGAACAAAACAGACUUAGCAACGAAGUGAACUCCCUGACCAUUUUACCAUCAUCACAUUGUCUUUUCAUCUGAAACAAAAUGCCAAGGGUAAUUAGUAAAAAUUCUUUCAUCUCAUGUCAGGGGACUUUAAAAUUUAAGAAAUUCCCUGGGCUUCCCCUAGGGUACUGAAGGUAGUGUCUUGGAUUGCACUGUUCUUGAAGUUGUAUUUAAAUCUGUUCUAGUCUUGCUCCCCCAUUAAACAGAGCCUAAAAGAGAAUUGUUUCUGCAAAGGAAAAACUGAAGUAGAAUAGCUAAUCUCAGGGAAAUGUAAAGAAUGUGGGAAGUAAGGGGAAAAUGAUGAACUCUGUUGAAGUCAGUCUGAAGAUGGGGCCAUCCUAUUUGUCCUGUUAGCUUCCACCUUGCUUUUUAAAUGGCCCAUGGCCUUACUUGACUGAUAAGCUGCAUCAUGGAGAUAAGGAAUGAAUGGAUACUGUACUUGGCGUCAUUCUCUCUGUUUCUGUACCAGUCUCACAGUACUUUCCUCCAAGCUGAGGAGGAGUCUACCAGGAUCUUCUGGCAUUCCCUAAGACCUUGGUUAUUUUAUUCCCCUUUCUCUCCCCCUUUCCCCCUUCCUCUGCCUUCCCUCCUCUGGUUUUCUGUGUGUGCCUGUCUAUACUAGCUGUAUAGAUACACUAGCUAUGCUUUCCUUCUCUAUUCAUGGAUGCUCAAAUUUCUAUCCCACCUCCACUCCUGCUUCUAUCCAUCCUAUUUGUUACUCCUGCAACCCUACAACUGUUGAAUUUCUCCACUGAGUGUUGCUUCCAUUAUCAUACUGUUCAUUCUCUUCAAACUCACUUUGGUUCCUCUCUUUUUACUAAUAGUGUUUUUCCAAAGGUUAGCAGUUAUCAGGUCACCAAAUCCAGUGACUUGUUCUAAAACCUUAGUCUCGUCCAUUAUACAGUUGGACACUAUUGAGCAUCCAAAUUAAAAUUCCUCUCUCUGGGUUUCUCUGACAAACUGUCCUGGUUUCUGAGAACUCCUUUGCCAUUUCCUGUGCUGGUGGGGGAGAGGGCUGUCAAAGGCAGGUCUCUGUUUUGACUGGCUCCUCAGAAAUGCAUCCAUUCUUCAGCCUCUCAGUUACUCCCAAGUCCUUAUCCUUGACUUAGUUCCCAAAAAAGCCCAGUCCUUCUGUGUGCUGAAUUUCAGCUUGGUUGUCCUGUUGUCACUAGAGCUGAAUUUCCCUGUUCUACCCCUUAAGCUGUCCCUCUCAGCUGCCCAAUUUUUUUUAGUCAUCUGAGCUCGAAACUGUAGACUUUUACCAUUUUUAUCUCUCAUAACAUCUUUCUUUUAAUAUCUCCAGCUAGCUUCUUUCUUUCCAUUUUCAUUUCUGUUGCUUACCUCUCCCCAUACUCCUGCCCGUUUCACUUCUCGCCAGGACUUUUUCCCCAAGAACCACGUUUACCAGUUCUUCUGUCCUUGCUUUCUCAUGUGCAUAAGGAGACAAGAGUGAUCUUAAAUAUUUGCCCUAUUCUGAAGCUUCUGUCUGAACCUUUCACAGCUUAGAGAAUCAAGUUACAGACUCUUUGGUAUUCAGGAGUCUGUACAUUGGCACCUUCCUGCUUGUCUUUGUCUGCAUCCCAGUCAGGUAAAAACCCCCUUUUGUUGGGUGCCCCUCUCUACCUCUGUGUGUUUGUUCCUGCCGUGUCCCAUGACCUCUUUAGUUAGGUUACUCUCAUUUCUCUUCUUUUCUUGCCUUCCCCAAAUUUACCUGUUUCUUCAGGGCCCAGCUCAAGUUUUCCCAUGGAUCUUCCUGACUGCCCUGCCCCACGUGAUUGGCUUUUUCCAUUCCACUCUAAUAGCUCAGAAUAAUGCUGUUCAUUUUGGACUUCAGCAAACCAGGGCAGUCCGUGUCUGAUGCCUCUGCAUGGUCUCCCCGAGAAAGCUAACCUGCUGAGCCCAUGGCACAGUCUUUGUAUCUGCCCAGCAUAAAAGUAACAUUCCUUUGGUACUUCAAGUGGUCAACAACUUCUUGCAAAGAAGACAUUUUGUCCAUUCAUGGCAUCUGAAUGUGGCUUCACUGAGGUUUCCUGCAGCGCUUUCUGGCUGCAGAUUACUAUGACCUUGCACGUAUUGGAUUUGCUCUUACUACAGAGAGCAGGAAGAGAGCUGGUCUCAAGAAGCAGAGGGUCGGCAGUGAGUGGACACAUAGGCAUGGUCAUGCAGUCCCUGAUAGUCCAGCUUCUCAAUAGCCUCUGAGAAGUAGUGUUCCUGUGCUGAAUGAGUACAUAGAAUUUAAGUUCUGCUUCAGAAAUUGCACUGAAGGAAAUAUUUCACACCAGAGGAAACCUUUUUUCUAGCUGUUUUUUUUUUUUGAAGAUAGAAUAUAUGAAGCAUGUUUUCCUAGAGAUUACAUGAACGAGGGUGGGCUGGCUGAAGUAUCUCUCAAGCCUGGUUUUGGGAGAUGAGGGGUGUGUAGCAGGUUAUCCCUAUUUAGACACCCGUGUGCUUCCCAGAUCCCCCCUUCCAGGCCCCGCUUUUGGUUGAGGGUGAUUUCUGUUAGGCGGGAUCUGUCCUUGAGUCACUGGUGUCAACAGUGGAGCCUCUUUUCCUGCUACAGGUUACUGAGUAGACUGACUUUAAGAGUUCACUUCUGGACUCUGGGGGAGUCAAAGGCCAGUCUGUCUAGAAGUAUGGAGUCGACUCUGAAAGUCCUGACCACUAGAUAGAGCUCUCUGACAUUUCUUUUCCCUUAAUGGCUCUUAAUGAAACAUUUGGUGGUAGACUUCCCAACCCUAACAUUCCCCUGAUGGUGAUUCUCAUAUUCUUCUCCACUUUACGUCAUUUAAAUUAAAAAAGGAAGCCUUAUAAACGAUAGAGCGGGAAACUAAUUUGCUCUGUAAACUUUCACCUAAAUCACAAUUAAAAAAGCAAAGGAAGCCCACCCCUGUUUUUACUGGGUGACUUGAUACAUAGUGCUGCAAGAGUGGUGAAAGCUAGCUUUGCACACGUUCUGAAUCAUUUGAACACAGAGGAGACAGUGCUGUAUCUCAGACCCUGUGGUUCGGCCAGGCUCUUUUCAGAACACUUUGGCUGAAAAGGUUGAAUUAGGCGUUGCCUUGCUUCAGCAGGCCUCUUGGAAGGAGAUUUGCAGGUUUAAUUGAACUGCAUCCACAGCCAAGACUGAAUUUCAACUCAGCUAGCUCCACAAGUCAGAUGUGAAUUUCCUAAAUAGUCCAAUUUGGACACCCCUCCGUACAGGGUUUGGGUCUGAGCUAUCAACAAACCCAGCCACUUCACACUCUUUGAUAGAUAUUCCUUUGAUUGAUAAGUCUACCUUGUUAAAUAAAUAAUUGAUUGAA